AUGUCGCAGACGCCAGGGCACUCGCGUAAUCCUUCCAGCGUGGAUGCCUCGUAUCAAUACAACAGCAUGAACUCAUCCCCCCAACGCAGACGAGCUUCAAGGUCCUCUGCCAACGAUCCCGUAACGCCUCUGCAGAGCGGCUUCAACACACAAGACGCCCUAGAUAUUUCGUACGCCAGCGGUGCUAUGGACGACGGUAAUGGCUUAGGCAACCUUGCAGACGAGCUGGCCGACGCGUUCUCCGAUUCCGGAGACGAGGGGGAAUACUAUGACGACGACAACGACAACGGUAAUGGCAAAGAAACACCAAACAUCAACGUUCAAGAGGCCGAGAGACGAGCUAGCGCAGCUGAGGGAAUACGGGACAGCGGGGUCGAUGUUACGAGUCUCGGUGAAGGCAGUGGGAAGGCGAAGAAUCUGAACCUGGGGCCACCACCACUCGCUCAACGUGGCCAUCGACGGAGUGGCAGCGAGUAUGACGGCAGCGAAUAUGGAUCCGAGUCCGAUCUCGACUCCCCCGGCAUGCUACCCAGUUUGGUGGCCAAAAUGGAUGCUGUCGAAUCAUUGGCGAGGCGAGGAACAGAGAGCAAUGGAGGGCCCACGGAUGGUGUUUUUCAUCGCGUGACAGAGGGGCUGAGGGAUUUAGGCUCUCAGGCCGGCGUCGAAGGCAGCGCGACGAGGUAUAUUUAUGCCGAUUUUCUGGCAUCAUGGAGUCUUGCUAACAUGCCCAGACUCAUCACCGCCCACUCGGCCCUUACGACCCAUCUUACGCACCAGACCCGUCAACUGCAUAAUCUGACCUUCCCCCUUCUCUCGCCGCUUGUCCCGCCUCCAGACUCUGAUACGAUUGACGAACUAUUGCCUCUUUUGAUCGAGCUAUCCGAGUCAAUGCCCCGCCCGACAACGAAAGCCUACGACUCUCUGACAGCCCUCCACACUUUGACCUCGGACCUUGUACAGAGUCUCAACUACCUUUCAGACACACUCCAUAUGUCCAGACAAACCACGACCACGGCUACGCGUCGUCUGAAGAGCGCCAAAGAGUUGGUCGCUGAGAUAAGGAGGGAGGAAGAGCUUCGCGAAGAGGGCGAACUGUGGCUAAAAAAGGGUAACUGGAGUGAAAGACUGUCCAAGCGUGAGUGUGCCGGGGUGUGCGGCGAUGUCGUAGACGGCUUCGAGGAGGUUUGUAAUGGCUGGCGAGCCCGGCUACUGGAGCAAGCCGGCUCUGCUCAAGCCUGA